CGAUUGUUUUGUUUGUAAAUAAGUUUUCGUAUUUUUGGAUUCUUAUUUUGUAGUGGGAGUAUUCGUAAUUAUUUUCUUAAAUUAUUCAUCACUUGACAAUGUGAAUACAACGAUGAAAACAACUUGUAUACAUCAUUAUUGACAAUGAAAUUAGAUUUUCAAAAUAAAUUAUUUCGAAUCGGAUAUCGUAAUGUUCUUCCAUUUACCAAUAUUGAUCCAAGUUUGGAAAUUUUUGCGGGUAUCGAAGGAAAAUUAAUCCAAAUUAUUGCUGAUCAUUUUAAUUUUACAAUCGAAUUUAUUGAAAGUCAUUAUGAAGGUCGAUUGAAAGACAUUAAUGGUAAUUGGACUGGACUAAUUGGACAAAUUCAAGAAGGUCGAUUUGAUAUGGGUAUCGGUGCCAUCAGUAUAAAUUACAAUCGAAUUUUUGCCGUCAAUUUUCUUGAACCACAUUAUAUUGACUCAUUUACGUUUAUAACAAAUCCAGCUGCUAAACAUAUCGGUUUUGAUGUUUUGAUGCGACCGUUCCGUCAUGAAGUUUGGUUUGUAUUUUUUUUCAUGCUCAUAAUCGCUUCGUUAUUUCAGCAAUUUGAAAAGUAUAUGACAUCAAUCACCAACAUUGUACGCGAUCAGAAAUCAUCAACAUCAAAACAUAACAUUUUCUGGAUUAAUUUGUGCCUUUUGUUUCGUCAACCAUAUUCAAAACUUGUUCAAAUAAAUCUUUCAUUGAAAAUAUUUGCCAUUAUAUGGGCGAUUUCGGCCUUAAUUCUCACCAAUUCAUAUGCCGGUUGUCUUUGUUCAAUCAUGGCUUUGCCAUCUGAGCAGGUUAUUGAUUCGGUUGAAAAAUUAGCCAUGGAAUGUCGGCUAAAACAUAUCAGCACAAUCGGCAUCAAUACUGAUUACUACACCUCAAUGAAGAAUAGUUCAAAUCCCACAUUGCAAAAUAUUGGUCAGGAUAUGAAAUUCGUAUCGGACCGACAUAAAGGAAUUCAAAAGGUGCUUUCAUAUGCAAGUCGCAAUCAUAACUAUGCAUUUCCAGGUUCACAUGAGCAAUUUUUAUUCACCAAAAUAAUGAUUGGAUGGAAUCAACUUUACCUGCCACCAUCUACAGCAUCCUUUUUUCCUCUUUUCUAUGCUAUUCCGGUACCAAAAACUUUCAUUUACCGAGAUGAAUUUAAUCAAAUAAUCAAACACGCGAAUGAAGCCGGCUUCCUGAAAUGCUGGAGAUUAUUGGAAAUUCUCAAAGUAUUUCGAAAACGUCGAAAAAAUGCUUUGGAAAAGCUUUUAUUGAGGGUUUACCUUUUACAUUGGUCAAUCACUCUAGUCACACGGCCGAUGGAAUUGAAGGAAAAUUAUUAUCAACAUUGGCUGAGUAUUUUAAUUUUACCACCAGUUUUAUUGAUUGUAUUGAUGAUUUUGGUGCCUUGA